AUGGAGAAAUUAAGCCAACCCCCUGAAAUAUAUAAAUUCAUAGAGAAAGCAGAAUGGGAUGCCUUUGUAGCUUCAUGGUUAUCCAAAGAAUUUGAGUCUGUGCAUUCUCAACAUUCACAGAUUAGGGAGAAACUUGAGUACAAUCAUCGAUUGUCUCGAAAAGGAUAUGCUGGUUUGGAGGAUCAAUUGGAGGAAACCAUGCCUGGGGUAGAAAUUGAUCGAUCUACCUUAUGGAAGAAAGCUAGACAGGACAAACAUGGUAACAUCCCGGAUCCAAAGGUGGCAGAGAAAGCAAAAUUAAUUGUAAGCCUACACACUCUGUUUUAA